AUGGUGACGAACUUGAUGUGGUCGCUACUUUUGAGUAGCAAGAUUGGGUCGGAGUCUUUGAUGAGUCCGAGCAGUUUUUCGCACUCACCGUCAAGCUCGGCUGCAGACUUGGGGUCGCCAGUGGUGAGGAAGUCGCGUCGAUACAGCAUCACCUUGGCAAACCGGUAUGUGAUCGAGAUUGGUCGGCCGACCGAGUGUUGUUCCAGCAGGUGUUUCCAGUCGUUGAACGACGACUUGAGGUCUUUGAGCGACACGUCGAGCGGUUCUUUGAACUGGAGCGAGUUGUAUAGCGUAAGUAGGAUCGACAAUUGGGCCACGACACGGCCGUCGAAGCUCGAAGCAGACGGGAUUUCCAAAAUAUUGCGGCACUGGUCCAAACGUAGCGUAUCGAUCAGACACGGUCUUCCUGACAAAAUGCAGUAG